CGCACAGCGCAGAGUGGAGUCAGCACUGAGAAGCAGGCACGCACAAAACGCACACACACUCACACGAUUGAACAAGGUGAAAACGGGAGGCGUACAGAGGCUCCAGCUGUAGCAUGUCCACUGGCUGCAGUCAGACAUGUAGGAGGAGGAGGAGGUGCUCUGCUUGCCGUUCCAUGUCCGCUUCAGUUUUCUAAGCCCUUCCCAUCCCCCCCGAACACUCGCUCCCUGGCUCUGCAGUUGCCGAGGGGCUGGCUGGAAUGACCUGGGAGAGCGGGAGACACAAGGAGAUGCGCUAGACGGGGCUGCCAAGUCGGGAGGACUCUCUGAACCUUGAUCCCCUCUUUUUCUCGGGGCUGACAGACACGAGGCAGACCACUGAUCUGCCCCACAGAGGCAUGCCCAUAUAGGAGGGCAUGGCUGUGUAGACCGAGGGUCUCCAUGAGCCACAGUGAGAAGGACCACCACAGAGACGCACAGGUACACGCGCCACCGACCAGACGCCUGAGUGUGUGUGCGAGCGGGUGUUAGUGGGAGAUCCCUGCUCAGAAAAAGAACCUCCUGCCACCCAGUCAGCAUUCAGAGAUCGUGAAUGAGUGCAAAACAGAGUGAGGCCUUUGCAGUGCAACCCUGUCCCAUGCUGCUCCCUCCUCUCAGGGGAUGGCCAAGGUCCAGGAUGGACAUACGAAUGCAUGCGAAAGCUCUGUGAUGUUAGAGGAGAGCCAAGAUGGUAUGGACAGUGGUACCCUAAGUCCGGCCUCAGCUCGACAGGUCACCAUCCAGCGCCACCCAACUCAAGGCUUCGGCUUCAUUGCAGGCAGCCAGAGGCCUGUCAUUGUACGCUCCGUCUCUGCUGACGGCCCCUCCUUUGGCAAGCUUCUCCCCGGGGACCAGAUCUUGGCCAUUAACGAGGAGACGGUGAGCGACGCGCCCAGAGAGAGAGUCAUAGACCUUGUAAGACGCUGCAAAGACACGAUAGUUCUCACUGUGCUGCAGCCCCAUCAGUCACCUAAGUCUGCCUUCAUAAGCGCAGCCAAAAAGGCCCGGCUGCGAACUAACCCGCCUAAAGUGCGCUUUUCAGAGCAAGUGUCCAUCAGCGACCCGGACUCAACAAUGCUCAAGGACGACUCCUUGCUACUCAUACCAAAUGUGUUGAAGGUGUUCCUGGAGAAUGGACAGAUUAAGUCCUUUACGUUUGACAGCCGUACCACUGUUAGGGAUGUGAUCUCCUCACUGCAGGACCGCCUCUCACUACGCUACAUAGAGCACUUUGCCUUAGUACUUGAGGCAGGUGGUCUGGAGCAGGAUCAGAGGUUGCAACUGCUACAGGAGAACCAGCCUUUGACACAUGUGGUGCAUCGAACCUAUUUCCAAGGGAUGAAGUGUCUGUUCCGCAUGUGCUUCUUCCCCAAGGACCCUGCGGACCUGUUGAGAAGGGACCCCGCUGCAUUUGAGUACCUCUACAUACAGAAUCGCAAUGACGUUAUCAAGGAGCGUUUUGGUAUGGACUGGAAAUCUGACAUCACGUUACGUUUGGCUGCACUCCAUAUCUACAUCACUGUGUCCUCUGCAAGGCCCAAUCAGAAGAUCUCCCUCAAGCAUGUUGAAAAAGAGUGGGGACUGGAGCCUUUUCUACCCCUUACUCUGCUUCCAACAGUCAAGGAGAAGAAUGUGUGCAAGACCCUGUCUCAGUUGCUGAAGACCUACCAGCAUCCACCACCAUCAGGCAACAAGGUCCCUCCUCUCCAAGGAAAGCUGCAAUACAUGCGUGUACUAAAUGACCUCCCACCUUUUGGAGGAAUAUUGUUCCACACUGCCGGACUGGAUGAGAAACAGUCAGCCACAACCCUACUUGUGGGCCCACGACAUGGCAUUAGUCAUGUUAUUGACCUGAAAAACAACCUCACAACAGUUCUGACUGAGUUCAGUAGGGUUGCCAAGAUCCAACUCUACCGAGAGAGCCAAGGAGUGGCACGUGUGGAGGUGACAAUCCACGAAGCCAAGGUCUUUGGAAAACGAGCAGGUGAUGCUCAUUUCCUGUCUCCUAAUUCCCCUCCCUAUCACUCCCUGCAGCCGCUGGUCCUACUCAUGGAGUGGCCUGAUGCCAGCAACUUCGCAUGCCUCAUCUCUGGCUACUACAAGUUGUUUGUAGACCCUAAACGGACCAUCUACUUCCGGACACCUGGUCAGUCUCAGCUGACCAAGGCAGAUUACAGAAGCUCCCACCAUGCCCACCCACGUUCCGGGGCAACCAGCUUGCCAAGUGGAAGUCGGCGAGGGGACGAGAGGGAAAGCUCGCACAGAGAGUCAGGGUCUUCAAGGGCCGUAGUUCCAGCAGAGCCUCAGCACCUAGGGCUGUGUCAUGUCCACCUUCGAGAGCAACAACAAUUUCAGGAGAUCCAACCACACACUGAACUUGACAUCAAUGAGAACUUUAUUUCUCAGGAGCCCCCAGGUCGGCCUCGCACCAAGUCAGACCCCACCCAGCAGAGUACAGAGGAAAUAACUGGGGUUUUAGAGAGCCCAGCAGUGGAGAAUGCAGGAUUUAGAAUCCGAGCCCAAACAAUGGGUCAAUCCCAGAAAACAUCACGAUACUUCUGUGACUCCUGCAAAGCCAGGCUUAAGGCAGAGGGUCUGUCAGGAGCAGUGAACAGUAGUGGGAGCUCUGGAAAACACUGCUCCAGUGCUUGUGCCUCCCGAGAUGGAGGUGCUGUUGAUCUCAUGGCCCUUCCGCCACCAGGUAAUGAAGAAGAGGACGAGGAGGAGGAGGUACAUACUGGAGGAGAGAAGUUGCAACCACCACCACCUGCUAUUGCUGCCCCACCACCUGGAUUCAGGGACAACAGUUCAGAUGAGGAUGACCAAAAGAGAGCGAGGAAGGCUCGUAUCAGUGCCAGCCCAGCAGUCACCUCUGGGAAGCUGGCCCAAGCCAAGGAAGAUGUGCCUGUGACUCUUAUCGAUAAUGUGGCCACGAGAACAGUCCGAGAUCAUGCCCAGGAGCUUGAUGAUGCUCUGGUGUCAACCUUACAAGCGCUAGAGGCUUUGGCAGCUUCUGAGGACUUCCCCCAUCACCCUCAGCAGCCAACACAGACUGCAGGGUUGAUUGUUUUAGCUGCCAUUACACCUGAAUCAUCAUUGGACUCAGGCCAUGAGACAAACUCCUCAGAAUUGACAGAUGUUUCUGAGAUGGUAUCAGCUAUGAAGCAGAACCAGAACCAGGCCUACCUGCUGGCUCACCAUAUCAACAAGGAACGUAUUCUCUGCCGUCGUGAUUUUCCUCUGGCUAUCCCUGGAUGCACUGCAAAAACUAUUGGUACGGGGGCAUUCUCUGUGGGUCAGAUUCGUGCUGGCUGUCCAACCAAGCAAGUAAUCCUCAGCAAGACUGUUCCCUUUAAAGUCAGUCCCAGUCAAGACUCAGCAAUACUCAGUGUUGUGAGAGAGCAAGGGGGGAAUCAAGAUAUUAUUCAGACUGAACAGAAAGCAGAAAUGAAGGCAAACUCUGACUCCACCAAAGCAAACACCCCUGAUCCCCCUUCUAAGUCACCCGAUGAACUUAAAGUGUCUGAUGCUUCACUUACAGCUCAAGUUAGUAAGAACCAGAUGCUAUCAAAUUUAUCUGGGGAGACACUGUGCCAAAAUCUUUCUGAGGGUAUAAAGAGGAAGAAAACAACACCUCUUAAUACAGAAGCUAGCAACAAAGCCUUACCAAUCCUCUUGCCUGUGGACAGAACUGCCUCUGCCAAGAUUUCCCCCACAAAAAUGUGCCAAGAUGCCGAAACUGCCUCUAGUGAGACCAUAAAGCCUUCAAGCUCUACAGAACUUCUACCAGUUGAUGACCUUUUCUGCACAUGCCCAGUGCAACAUGAUCCAGGGCCACAACUAAGACUGAAAGACCCACAGGUUCAGAAGGUAGUAGUGUUUCAAUCGUCCUCCCAAACAGAUGAUGAACGUCUUCGGGCAAAAGGCCUCCAGCUGGCUAACACUAAAGAAAAUGCAGUUAGAGUAGGAGCUGAUCCCAGUUUGGCAAAACCCAGCCCUCAAAUACAAACCAAGUACUCCCCUCGUCUGCCUGUUAAAGCAGUGAGAGAAGAAGCAGCUGAAAGCCAGACUGAGUGUUCCCAGGGCAAAUCCCACCAGGCGACACAGAAAUGUCCUAUCAUAUCCUUUCCUAUUUUAGAUGAUCCAACAACACCUAGCCCAUCUGUAGAAAUGGCAUCCACUCUCCCAGCCAGAGACUCAAAGAAGCAAGGCAGUGGUAAGGGUAAGUCCCAACGCAGUGCCCCUUUCUUAAGUUUUAGAAACCUUCUUUCAGCUACAUUCCCAGCAAGAAUGCGAAGAGAAACAGAUGAGCGAAGGGCUCAACUGCAGAAAGUCCGCCAGUAUGAGUUAGAGUUUUUAGAGGAGCUGCUGAAACCCAAGUCAUCCCAAGGAGAGUUUUUGCCCCAGGGAUCCUCACCUGUGCCCUCAGGCACUCCUUGUGCCUGCCAGCUUCGCACCAGCCCUGUCCUAAAGGCACCGGGUAUCUCCAGGGAGCAGAGACGCAGCUGUGACUGUAAGCGAAUGUGUAGGGGCAUGCGACUACCUGACACACCAGUGGGCUCAACAACAGAGACACAAAACAGAGGCAGAGAGAGAAUUAUCUCGAAGACCCCUCCGGCAGUUUCCAAAGCUCCUCACACCCAAGGUGCUACUAGGAGACCUCAGACCUUAGAGAUUAAGACGACAAGAAUACGCUCUACCAGCCUUGAGUCAAGAGAGCCAAGAGUAGAGCAGGGAUCCUGCUUGCCCACCUGUACUUCUCAGGCAGAUUGCAUUGGAGCUCCACAAUAUAAGAAGCUCCAGAGGCGCUACAGCAUUGGAGAACUGGAUAAUAGCACCAAUGCACCUGUGUAUGCUGAGGUGAAGCCCAAAGCUAAGAGUCUAGAGAAGGAGAUGGAGAGAGUGAGGGCCACAGGGCUGAGGCUCCCCACUCCAGUAGAGCCAGUCCACACUCAGUCUCACCAGGCAGACGGGAAGGGGAAAAAGGGUGUUUAUUUUAUUCAGGGAGAAGAGCUACUGUGUGAAAGUAAAGAGGGGACUAGUGAGGUGCUGCUGACCCUGCCCAGUGAAGACAGUGAUGACAAGGAUAAAUGCUGCUCAUUUUGUUUUUGCUACAGGAAGUGUGAGGCUGCAGAUGAAAGUAGUGAGAAGGAUGAGGUCUCAUACUCCAUACCCCUUCAGGUCCUUCCAGGCAUGGAGCUAGACUCAUGUACCUUCCCUGUAGUAAGUAAAACACUGCAGGUUCUUAAUGCAGAGGACUGCAGUGGGGAAGAGGAGGAGGAGGAAGAGGAGGAGCCACAAACACAGGAGAUUGACCUAAGAGCCUGUGGUACACUAGAGGGGAGCCUGGCACGGGUACAGGCUCUACAGGGAAAAACAUUCAGCUUACCCGAUGGUUUUCUAAAUGCACAGUUGGAUGCUAAUGAGCUGCUAGCUAUCCUGCGUCAGUGUGCUAAUAGCCCACAAGCUGAGGGCGAGGCCCGUCUUCAGCCCUCACGAAUUGCAGAGUACAAACAAGAGCUGGCUGUGCGCUUCAAAGAAUUCAGAGCAUCUUGUCGACGUGUGGCAAGUGUUGAAAAAAGCCCAACACGUAUGCUUGCUGUUGUCUCAGCUAGCUUUCAAGUAUUGUGUGAACUAACUCAAACCUUCAUUAAAUUGGUCAGGGGGGUUCGUUCAGAAGCCCAAAGGCUGCAGCUAUUGAGAAAAGUUGAGGAAGUAGCUAUCAACUACACUUUGCUUCUGCGUGCAGCAGAAGAAUCAAUGGGACAUUCAAGCAGCUUGCCAACAAAGACAGUGAGCCCUCAAGUUUCCUCGAACACCAAUAACAUGAGCUCCCUUACUCGACCCAUUAAAACUCUACCUGCCCAGUAAAAAUAAAUCUGGCUGGGAUGUAAUCACAACAGUCCGGUUUGGUGGCUGGCUACUCUAUCCAAAUUCAUUAUUUAUUCAUUGUUUACAUUUUUUACAAGACGUGCAAUGAAUCAUCCUCAGUAAAAAUUACAAUGCAGCUGUUCCAUCCCAUGUUUACAGGCCCUGAGGUAGCCUUGUGGAUCUUGUUUUGAAAUAUAAGGAUACACCUAACUAAUGCACAAUGGAAUAAGAACCCUAUGACUGACUGGGUGACACAGGGCUAAUCACCUCAUACUAAUAUUCACAAAACACAUAAGUCAUCAAAGUAUAAUAUUUUAUAUGUAAUGUAUAUUUGAGUUGUGUCUACUUAGCAAAUAAUAAAGUUUUGUGAAGAAAAAAAGGUUAAGAAUAUAUUUGAAAUGUACUGAUUUAAGAGAACUAUUACAAAUCAUCAGAAAUAAAUGUAUGCACUGGACAAAAAUAUAUCAGAGAUCUCGUCAAGUAGCGACUUCUGUAAAAUGCGUAGUCUGAAGCGUUGGUUGGUUAGAUGGUGAUGUGUUCGUUUGUUGAAAUAUCUAACUGUUGUAAUACAAAAUGGAGAUCUCUGUUGGCUAUGUUAACAGUGUCUGGCAUACUGAUACAAGAGUCCAAAUGAAAGGGACAGUCUUGGAAAAUAACCACUGAAAGACAAGUCGGUCAUACAGUAUUAAACUAUACUGACUGACAGAAGCCCAUUCUCUCACUUUAACAGUGCAGGUAUGAAACACACCUGUUCAGGGCAGACAAUGUAGCAGAGACCCAAGUCACAGUCUUAUCCACUGUACAGUAAUGAGUCUUGUUACCUCACUCAGCUGUAGAGAAGGAAUACCCACACUGUACACUGAUAAUGCACAGAGUGUAUUUUACACCUUCAGUGACCACUAGCUCACAUGCAUCCCACAUGUUGUGAAUCAUAGUUUUAAACAUAGCCAUUCACUUGCAAGUGAGUAAGCGUAUCGCUAUAGGAUGUUGCACAACCUCUGAAAUUAGCUCUGAAGUUGAAAUUUAUGUAUUUUAAUGUUGGAUUCAGCAUUGUUUUAUUCACUCUGCUGCUGAAAAACUCACUUGAGUCCGCAACACCAGUUUUACAUAAUUCAUCUCCUCAAGGUUAAAGCUUAUACGUUUCAAAAGACCCUUGUUUUUAUUCAGGUUUUCAGAUACAAUAUAAACAAAUUUGCUUUCUAUGUGCUGUAAUACAUUGUGCAAUCUAGCAACUAUAUAAGAAACACACAAAAGUAGUUUUCUAUGUAUUUUAAUAAAACUAACACAUCUGUUUCUUGUCUGAAAUCUCCUUUGUGUCUCAUCCUCUUGUUAUUCCUGGAUAUUAAUCACAGAGGCUUUAUAGUUGUGCUGGCCUAACAUGUAUAAUGGACAUACUGUUAAGAGAAAGUGCUGUGAAACCAACUUAAUAGUGGCAACAGGGCUACAAUAUACUAAAGACAAUAAAUACACUAUUUAUUUUUCUUGAAAAUAAAAUGUAUUUAUUGGUCAGUCCUUUGGGAUUUUUGUCAAACUUUUUUUGUAAUAUUGUUUUGUAAACAUCCACCCUGACACAUGGCAUUUAACUGAAUCAUCCGUGAAUCAAGGGAUUUCACUGUUUGGAAACUAAUAUGAAAAUUCAUUGUAUGAUAUUAAAUGCCAUACAGUAUACAUAGUCAUUUAAAUCAAACUUACAAAUGUUUCAUAUUGAAUCAUUAUAAAACAAUAAUGGUAUUAAUUUAAUUGUACCUAAUUUUUUUUUCAUGUUAUCUUUUAGUACUGCUGCAAUUUUCAGCCAGUUCCACGUUUUGUAAUUAAUGAUAAAUAUCUCUUAAAUCUUAUCUGUAAUUCUUUUUUCCACUCACAGCUGAACAGUAAAAACAAAUAAAGCCCACUUAUAAUAGUUUUCAUUUUAUACUGACAAUUUAAUCUUCAAUAUGAAAAGGUAAUAAGGAUAUCAGCUUUGUUGCACUCUCCUUGGUUUCAGUGCCCAUCCUUGGUGUUGUAAAGCACUCUCUUUUAACAGUUUUUCCUUUGCAAUUGAUGUGGCACUUUCCAUAACCAUACGCAGUGUUUUCUCUUUCACUGUACUGCAUGUCUUUCCCGCUACUUUCUGGGCCAUAUACUUUGACCAUCGAAGGUUUGUUCAGAAAAUGUUCCUAUUUUAAAGUGGAAAACCAGACAAGAAUGAAAGGCUGUGGUGGCAACAUGUCAAUGUUUUGCAAAUGAUAUUCAAUAUGGAAAAUGUAUUAUUCUACACUGUUAUGUAAAUAAUAAGAUACUAAAUAUUUGAGAGACUAAGACAUACUUUUAAAGAAUUACUUGUAACAUUAAGAUUUAUCCAACCUCUGUAUUUUGUAAAAAGGACAAGAUUAAACAUGUCUGUAAGGUAAUUAUUUAUAGUAGUAAUGUAACAUAGACACUAAUAGCAAAUCAUAUAUUUUAAAGAGUAUAUUAUGAGUAUAAAGCAUGGGACAUGUUUAUUUUUAUAAGCCAAAAUGUCAGACAGUGUUCUUUCAUCAACACUUGAACAUUUUAACAUUACGGUAAAAAUUAUCUGUGGUUGUCAUUGUUCAGUUGCUUUGCAAAACUGUGUGGAUUUGUCUGUGUUUCAUUCACAUGAUAAGUCCGCCAUGGCUUAAUCCAUUGUUUCUUUAUGUGCCCCUGUUCAUUCCUGUUUUUAUUUACUGUCAAUGAUCUUGUCGUCACUGUGGUCUUAUGUCUGUGUACAAAGUUAACUCAUGUUUUAAGAGCAAUAAAGUAUAUUAUAUAAACUC